AUGCAGCCCACCACUCUUCUCCUGACCACCCUCAGCCUGGCCACCAGCGCCUUCGGCCUGGGCAUCAACUGCCGCGGCAACAGCAACUGCGGCGGCACGCUGUGCAAGCUGACCGACAUCCUGUCUCAGGUGCGGGCGCUGCCCCAGGGCAACCUGUACAACCCGGGCCAGCACAUCGCGUGCUGCGGCGACAAGGCGCUGGCGUCGGGCCUCUGCGCCUUCGUCCAGGGCGACUUCCACGACGGCCAGAUCUCGGCGGCGCGCGCCGGCGACCUGCUGCAAGACCUCGUCAACCACGGGUGCGGCAAGUGCGGCAGCGUGCCCAUCGGGCCCAACAACGAUCCCAACGCCGAUGGCAUCUUGACCGUCAACUGGGUCAGCGAGAAAUAG